GCAUACCUCUCACCCUAUGUACCUUGAUAUUUAUCUGAUGACGGAUUGCAAAACAUCAAAUACAAAAAAAGCAUAAAAAAUACACUCCGUUUUCGGCAAUAAAUACGAGUUCCCAACGUUAAAAUCGUUCUUAAACUUUUAGAAACAAACGUACGUUCCUACGCAAUCGACGCAAUGGCAGACGAUAACAGUUCGGAUGAAGAUUUUUCCGACGAUUGGGUAUUGUACUCGCGCCGGCCGGAAUGGUCCGAUCUCGAACCAUUGCCACAGGACGAUGGCGAAAAUCCAGUCGUGAUGAUUCAGUACAGUGAGCGAUUUAACGAUGUGUUUGGAUAUCUGCGGGCGGUCAUUUCCCGACAGGAGAAAUCCCAACGUGCCCUGGAACUGACAAAGGACGCGGCAAAGCUGAAUGCCGCAAACUAUACCGUAUGGCAGUACCGUAGAGACAUAUUGAAGGCGCUCAAUGCCGAUCUAUACGAAGAGCUAUCUUACAUUGGGCGAGUUAUUGCGGACAAUCCGAAAAACUAUCAAGUUUGGCACCAUCGUCGUGUUAUUGUGGAAUGGUUGGAUGAUCCGUCGAGUGAGCUGGCGUUGACCGAAAACAUUCUAGAUAUGGAUGCGAAGAACUAUCAUGCAUGGCAGCAUCGGCAGUGGGUCAUAAAAAAUUACAACCUAUUCGACGAUGAGUUACAUUACGUGGACCGGUUAAUAUCGGAGGAUAUGCGCAAUAAUUCCGCCUGGAAUGAACGCUUUUUCGUGCUUAAACAUGGCGGCUUCACACCGGAGGUGCUCGAGCGCGAGGUCAACUACGUUAUCACGCGCGUUGGUCUCAUCAAAAACAACGAGAGCCCUUGGAACUUUCUUCGUGGACUGUUACAGCAAGGCACCGGCAAGCUAGCUCAGUUUCCCAGCGUGGUCGAGUUUUGUGAAGCACUCUACAAUGACGGCAUCCGGUCACCUUAUCUGUUGGCCUUUUUGGUCGAUCUUUACGAAGAACAAUACUUUGAUGUGAUCGAGUCCGGUGGAAAUGAAGCUGAAGCCGAAUUGUACCAUCAGAAGGUGCAAGAUUUGUGCGAAUCAAUGGCCAACCAGCACGACAAGAUACGUAGCAAGUACUGGCGAUACAUUGCCGAAAACUUCCGGAGGAAAACAGCAAGCAGCGGAAGAAAUGGGGUUUAAUAGCAGCUCGGAUAAAUUACGAGCAGAGUAUGUAGGUGGUGAAUUUGGUUUUAGAAAUAAUUCUGUUAGUUUUUUCUCCCUUCAUUCAAUAAAAGCUUAGCUGGCAACAAUUACAGUACCACAAA